AACCUAAAAAUACCAGACCCGGCGGAAUAAGUUUGUUUACGAUAAUUUUUUAGUGAAUAAAUUAAAUAAAAAUGAGCCUUCUGGAGAAAAAAUGGCCAAAUUCCCAAAGACCACAGAAGAGAAAUUGGACGUGGGAUGAAACAAAGUGUUUGCUGGAUAAAAUGAUUAUUAACAUGAAUGAUAAGCCUUACGACAAGAAGCUCUUCAAGUCAAGAGAGAUGCUGCUCAAGCUGGAGCGCCAAUUGCAGGCUCAGGGAAUACGCCGCGAUUCUUACCAAAUUGCCAUUAAGAUUAAGAAUAUGAGAAAGGUAUUUUUCACAGCAAUAUCGACACCACCGGAUCAGUAUCACAAAAGGGAAGAUUUUAUGGAGGAAAUGAGGGAGGUUUUUGAUCCCCUUUACGAGUAUCCAGGAAUAAAUCGCCAAGAUGAUCCUCUGGAGUUCAAAAAGGAGGAGGACAUUGAUGAUUCAUCAGAUCAUGGAGAUCCCUUUGAAAAUACAGAAAUGACAUCGUUUGAUGAUACAGCAGAAGAUCAAGACAAACCCAUUUCAGCGGCAGCAGACAGCUUUCCGGAAUCCACAGCUCCUGGAUCAAGUAAAUUCCAGUCAGCUGACUCAGGCUCUCGAAAGAGAAAGAGAAGGGAUGAACCGAGUGACCUAAUUCUGGCUACAAAGAUGCUUAUAGAUGCCCAGAGACAACUCUUUGAGGAACAAGCUCGAAGGGAUCAGGAAGAAGCUGAGAAGGACCGUGAACUACUUAGAAGUUUACUUAACAAACUUUCCAAAUAAAUAUUAGUAUCUUCUG